CCUGCCACAGAGACUUUAAACUGUCUGUAAUGGUUGCUCUCAUACGCAAAUUCUCUACAGCAAGUUCCCUAUAUUAUAUCCCUAGAGAAUUUAUUCAAUAAUUAAAAACAGAUAAAGCUUUCGUUUCCUUCUCUCAACUUCAACUUGAAAAGAAAAUCUUGGAAAACCAAUUAAUAUCCGCACUUGAUGGUUGUCAUAAUCUCCUACAAAUUAAACAAAUACAUGCUCAAAUUCUCCGAAAGGGCCUCGACCAAUGUUGCUACGUACUCACUAAACUAAUCCGCAUGCUCAAUAAAAUUAAUAUUCCCAUGGAUUCCUAUCCUCGUCUCAUUUUUGAGCAGGUGAAAUAUAGAAAUCCCUUUCUUUGGACUUCUCUUAUUCGUGGGUAUUCUUUACAGGGAUGCUUGAAGGAGUCAAUUUUGUUGUAUGGUUCUAUGAGGGGAGAAGGUAUCGACCCGGUUUCUUUUACAUUUUCUGCACUUUUUAAGGCCUGUAGUGAGACUCUUGAUAUCAGUUUGGGUAGGCAGUUGCAUGCUCAGACGAUUUUGGUUGGUGGUUUUGUGUCUGAUCUAUAUGUUGGCAAUACCUUGAUUGAUAUGUAUGUAAAAUGCGGAUUUUUGGAUUGUGGGUGUAAGGUGUUUGAUGAAAUGCCUGAGAAAGAUGUGAUUUCGUGGACUGAGUUGAUUGUUGCACAUACGAAGAGUGGGGAUAUGAAAUCUGCCAGUGUAUUGUUUGAUAGUUUGCCUUUAAAGGAUAUGGUGGCCUGGACUGCCAUGGUUACAGGUUACACACAGAAUGCUAAGCCUAGAGAAGCAAUAGAAUAUUUUGAGAGAAUGCAAAAUUCAGGUGUUGAAACAGAUGAAGUUACUUUGGUUGGUGUUAUUUCAGCUUGUGCUCAACUGGGUGCAGUUAAGUUUGCUGAUUGGGUUUGUGAUAUAGCUAAGAGAUCAGGAUUUGGGCAUAGAAAUAAUGUUGUUGUGGGAUCAGCAUUGAUUGAUAUGUACUCGAAAUGUGGGAGUUUAGAGGAUGCGUAUAGGAUUUUUGAGGAGAUGAAGGAGAUGAAUGUCUAUACUUAUAGUUCAAUGAUAGUUGGGUUAGCAAUGCAUGGCUGUGCUCAUGCAGCACUGCAGUUAUUUCAUGAGAUGUUACAAAUGGAGACAAAGCCUAAUAGAGUAACAUUUGUAGGAGUGCUUACAGCCUGUAGCCACAUGGGGUUGGUAGAACAAGGCCAGCAGCUAUUUGCUAGUAUGGAGAAAUGUUAUGGUGUUGUUCCAUCUGCAGAUCACUAUGCUUGCAUGGUUGAUCUUUUGGGUCGAGCAGGGCACCUGGAGGAAGCACUUGAGCUGGCCCAAGCAAUGCCAGUGGAGCCCCAUGGAGGGGUGUGGGGAGCUCUUCUUGGAGCAUGUAAGAUUCAUGGGAAUCCGGACGUUGCUGGGGUGGCUGCGUGCCAUCUAUUUGAGAUUGAACCUGAUGCUAUUGGAAAUUACAUCUUACUCUCUAAUAUAUAUGCAUCAGCAAGAAGGUGGGAUGAUGUUUCAAGGGUAAGGAGGCUGAUGAAAGAAAAGGGUCUUAAAAAGAAUCCUGGAUUUAGUUGGGUGGAAGGAAACAAAGGAGAUAUUCAUGAGUUCCUUGCUGGUGACUUAACGCAUUCGAAUUUUAGUGAGAUUAAACAGGUGUUGGAGGACAUUUUGAACAGAUUAACUGCUCAUGGAUACCAGCCAAAACUCAGUUCUGUGCCUUAUGAUGUGGCUGAUGAGGAGAAGAAGCGUAUAUUAGCUACUCACUGUGAGAAGUUGGCACUGGCAUUUGGAGUUCUCACAACAAGUCCUGGCUGCAUCAUAAGAAUUAUGAAGAACUUGAGAAUAUGUGAAGAUUGCCACAUGUUUAUGUGUGGUGCAUCUCAAGUCACAGGGAGGGAGAUUAUUGUGAGAGAUAACAUGAGAUUCCACCACUUCCAAGAUGGUAAAUGUUCAUGUGGUGAUUUCUGGUGACUAAAGGUGGCAACUCUUAUACACAUUUUUUAUCAGCUGCAUAUGUUUUUAACUUUUAAGACUCUUUGAAAAGGGUUCAUCAGUUCAGACAUAUAACCUUUAAGGCCAUUUCCCAACUGUUUACAUCUACAACUGAUAUGACUCUGGGUUCCCAACUGGACCAGCUGCUUAUUCUAUGGGUAAAGUAGAUCAAGUUAUUUUGAUCACUAUGUUGAAGAAAAAAAAAUAUGAAAAAAAAAAAUCCAGAUAAUUGUGCAAAUUAGUUGGAAUUAUGAAAGCAUUAAAUAUUUUCCUAGAUUGACUGUUACAAUAAUAUUGAAAUGAACUUUCGCACGAUUCACUGAUCUUACUAAAGGCCACAAGAAGCUUGAACUUGAAUGAAAUCAAUUUUGAUAAUUUGGUAAGUUGGUGUUCUAUGGACUAUGAGUUAGGAGUAACAAACAAGUUCAUAUGAUGAAUAUCAUCAUUUUUAUAAUCUUUUUCUAACUUUGUCUGUUCCCAGGUAUAGCACAGAAUCUCAGUUGCUCAAUAGAGAUACUGUAAGACUAGAACCUUCUUUUUGCUUUAUUAUUCUUUUCAAGGUUGUAAUUGGAAGCAUUGGAGGCUCUUCACCUGUACUUAGAUGAUAUAUUCACCAUCAGAAGGCUAUGUGAAAAAUAUCCACAUGUUUAUUAUCUUGCUUAUUCACUUAGCUCUUCACCUGUACUUAGAUGAUAUAUUCACCAUCGGAUGGCUAUGUGAAAAAUAUCCACAUCUUUAUAUCUUGCUUAUUCAAAGCUAAAUUAAACUGUCCUCAUUAGCUCAAUUUCUGAUGUGGAAUUUUCAUCAUUUGUUGCUGGAUAAUGCUUAACCUGUUUAAGGGUGUCAAUAAACUCUUUAAGAUUUAAUGAAUUCUUUUUUUUGUUA